AUGAAAAAUAUUGGGGCAGACUUCGUUGGAGGUUUUCCUCGAAUUGCAAGCCCUUUGAAUCAUACCCCAAAGACAACGAAGAAGCCCCGCCCAGCAUCUGGAGAUACAACUGGAGAAACAAUGAAAUCUUUAUCUAAAUUAAAUCAGCAAUUAUCUUCGAAUUUAUUUACAGCAGAAUCACAAAGAGAUUUACUAAACGAAAGAAUUGAUAUGCUUGAACAACAAGUGAUUGCAGAUCAAGAUUUUAUUGCCAAUUUGAGAGCGCGCAUCGCCAAUUUAUCAGAAUCCGCAACAAUUAGUCAAGCUACAUCACCUCGUAAUGAUCAACCUCAGAAAAAAGUAGAUCCAAAAGUAAUUGCAGCUGCAGCAGAAAUUACAAGCGAUUCUAUCUUUCCAUUUUUACAAAAUCGACCUCUAGCAUUCUUCCACCUUAUGUGUAAUAAAUCAGAUGUCAGCAUUGAUGAAAUAAUCGAUACAAUUUCUUCAGAUUUGAUUGUUCCUCUUUUCCAUUUCUCACUUAAGCAAAUCAACAGAUUUGCAACAUUCUUCUCCCAUAUGGGAGAACUUUCAACAACAGCAUUAGAUCCAACUUUUAUUGAGUUGACUGCUGAAUGCGUUAGGAACGCCUACUUCAGUGAAGUAUGCUAUGUAUUCAUUCGCGAUGAAUUAAGCGGAGAAUUCUUCUGCACAUUAGGAAAUAAAUUAUUACAAGUCAAUCUAAAAGGAAUGACAUCAACAAUAGCAAGUGUUGCGCAACUACAAAAGCCAACAAUCUUACUGGAACCAGAAAAAUACCCAGAUUACUCUCCUUCUCUCGAUCCAUUAUUUAAUCCCGGGAAUUUACCAGAAAUCAUCAUCCCUGUUGGCCGAAACGCCGUUUUCUUAGUAAUCAAAACAGAUCCACAAGCUUACGAUUACACAAAUGAAGACAUUGCCCUCGGAACAAUGAUAUCUAAAUUACUUUUGCCACUUUUUGAACAACAUUUCGGAUAUAGAACGAUGAUGAUGGAAGUAGAACAUAGAAGGAACUUGAGACAGUUCGAAUUAGACUUGUCUACAAAAACAUCACUUGAAAUCCUCAUUCCUUUCCUCUUGGAAUUGUUUAAUUCGUUGAUUUGUGCAAAUGAUGUCAAAAUUUUUGUUUUUUCUGGCACUUUUUUGCUAACUUUUGAAGUUGAAGACCACAGGUUAGUUCAAAAGACACUAGACAGGAAGGGAAUUCCUCAAUGGAUAUAUGAAAACAAAAAAUACGUUUACACUGAAAAAUUAAAUUUAGAUAUACCAGGAUUUGACUUUUAUAUUGAUGGGUGGUCCACUGAUAAACCAUACAUAGCCUAUCCUGUUUACGGAGACACAAAAGAUGUUAUAGGUGUUGUUUGUGUGUCAGAUAAAAUUGGAUCAAAUAAAUUUUCAAAUUGGGACAUGGAAUUCAUGGAAUCGAUGUCGGCAAUGAUGGCAGUAGUGUUACCAAGAUGCAUUGAUGCACUCCAGGAGAAAAGAAAAUCAGAAGGUGAACUAAGUCUUGAGAAAUUACCUUUAACUUUGGAAAAAAUCGCUUUUGAAGAUUUAGAAAAAAGUGACAGUUAUAAAAACAUAUUGAUGAAGACAAUGGAGCUGAUUAAAGCAGAAUGGAUUUCAUUUUAUAUCAAAAAAGACAAUGAAGAUGCAAAGAGAAUCCUUACAAUGCAAAAUGAUGAAAUAAAAGAUGAAAUCAUUGUGACAUCAGAAUUUGUUGAACAAAACUUCAACACAAUGAAAGAAAUAGUAGCUCCUGAUGUUAAAAGAGUCGAAGGAUUCGACAUUGUUGGUAAUUUCAACGCGAAAUCUCUGAUUUGUAUAACAAAUGUUCGUCAUGACGAAAAAGUUUUCAUUAUUGCAAUGAAUAACUUAUCAAAAACAGGCCAAUUCUCUGAUGAACAUAUUCCUAUCUUGUAUGUAAUGUCUAAUUACUUGAUUUACACAUUGAGAUUGCAAAACAAAAAUAAUCAAAUCGAAAAUGCGAAAUCAGGAAACGUAGUCAUGGAAAACGUUUUCAAAACUUCAUCAGAAGCAUUGAAAUCAUCAGAUCCUUUCUCUUUCUUAUUGAAUCAGUUUGCAGAAACAACAAUGCUCAAAAAUUUUGCUGUUUUCCGUGUGAGAUUCCAGAUAAAGAAAUACGAAGUUCUCGUGAAAUCUGAGAACGCAAAGAACGAAAUGAUUGAUACAAAUGAUAUAAUAUUUACAAAAACCGAAGAUUUCUUUUACACGGCAGAUUUCAAAAAUUCUGCGUUUUUGGAGUCAAAAAUUGUUCAAAACUUCCCUGAAUUCAAUCAGAUGAUUGUUCAAAAGCUUCAUGAUGGUCUUUACUUAGUUCUUGCCGGAAAUGAAGUUCAUCAAAACUAUCAACAAUUAAUUUCUUAUUUCUUGCCAAGUUUGAAAUCAUUUUCUUUGGCUUUUCUUCCUCGUCCUCCUCUCUGCAACAUUGUCAACCUCCACGCAAGCAAACUGUUAGAUACAGAUGUAUCUUCAAGGCUGUUCGUAAGCAGGAGCCUCUCCGAUAGCGAGAAAACAGAAUGCGCUAUGAAAUUUUUCAUCAAUGCUGAACUUUUAAACGCAAUUGGAGGUGAUUUGGAAAAAUUGACAAAUUUUGUCACUUUUACAAGAGAAAAUUACAAUGAAAAUCUGAAAUUCCACAAUUUCGAACAUGCUCUUGAUUUUACACAAUUUGUUUUUGUAUGUUUGACGAGAAACAAGUUCGGAAACUGCAUGAAUGUUGAUCAAAAAGCUGCUUUACUUUGUGCAAGUUUAUUACAUGAUGUAAAUCAUGAUGGAACUAAUACUUUGUUUUUGAACCAGACUAGUUCUUAUUUAGUUGAUCUCUAUGGAAAAGAAAGUACUCUGGAAAGACAUCACGUAUCAGAAGCACUCAGAAUUGUAGAAAAAUCAGGAAUAACACUAAAAGAUAAAAGAUUUUUCGUAAAUGCAAUUUUGGCAACAGAUAUGUCAAAAUUUGAGGAAAACGUACAAAAAGUGACAGUUUUAAGAGGAAAAUUUAAUAAGACUGAUAAAACACAAGUUCCUUUAGUAGCUACUUUGUUAAUGAUGUGUGGAAAUGUAGCAAAUACGACAAGACCGUUUUAUUUCGCAAGUGAAUGUGGAAAAAGAAUUUUGAGCGAAUACCAAGAAAUUUCCAAAUUGGAAGAACAAAAUGGAAUUCAAAACCAUCAGAAGAUAUGUGGAAAGAGCAUAACUGAUCCAUUACCUGAAAUUGAACUUGCAUUCAUUAAUGAAAUUGCAUUGCCUUUGUUGGAAAUUUUGGAAGAUGUUUCUCCUGAUUUCAAAGAUUUUAAAGUCCAAUGUCAAGAUAAUAAAGAACAAUGGACUAAAGAGACAAAGAAAUGA